AUGAUCGAUCAGUUCAACAUCCAUCAGUCUGUGCCUCUGAAUGGGGAAAUAUCGUAUGAGGAACUCAGUGCGGCCUGCGGACUCCCCGUUGACCCCCUACGCCGUGUCCUCCGCCAUGCCAUGCUCAAUCACCUGUUCCGUGAACCUAACCCCGGAUACGUCGCCCACUCCGAUGCAUCCUCAGUGUUCGUCACCGAUGCCAAAAUGGCCGCAUGGUUGGGCCAUAACUACGACGAGGUGUUUCGCUGUCUACAUGCUGUUCCCGACGCGAUUCGAAACCAUCCCACAUCCGCGGACCCUGGACAUACUCCCUGUGGGGUAGUGUUCAACCAGCCAAAGGGCUUCUUUGCUGGAUUAUUGCAGGACCAGCCAUGGAGAGCAUCGAGAUUUGAACAGUCAAUGCAGGCUGUCACGCAGGGGAGCCAUGAUGCCUCUCAUAUCGUGCGCGGAUAUGACUGGGGACAAUAUGGGAACGGCCUUGUCGUCGAUGUGGGCGGCUCGUCAGGGUUCCAGAGUGUUGCGAUUGCCGAAUGCUUUCCGAACCUGCGCUUCGUGAUCCAGGAUAUUGAAGACCAUAGCAAGAUUUUGCUAGAGAAUCGGACCGCCGCCGGGUUGUCGUCGGACAUGCAGUUCCAAGUCCAUGACUUUUUCCAUCCAAACCCACAGACUACAGCCGACGUUUAUCUACUGCGCCAUAUCAUUCACGACUGGGGUGAUGACUACGCGAGUAAGAUCCUGUGGAACAUCGCCUCAGUUAUGAAGCCGACUGCGCGGAUCAUCGUCGUUGAUAUUGUGAUCCCCGAGCCUGGUACCUUACCCUGGCAGGCACACCGAAUGAUCAGGUCUAUGGAUCUUCAAAUGAUGGUUAUGGUAAAUGGCAAAGAGCGGACCAAACAAGAUUGGAGGAAGCUUCUGGCCAACUCCAACUCCAAAUUAAACAUACUCAGUAUCUCUCAGCCCCCGUAUAGCGUUGCGAGUAUAAUCGAAAUUGGGUUAGUACACUAG